CCGUACUGCAGCCUGUUGUAUUAGAAGGAGGCGUGUGGCUACGCUGCGGUCCCGUCGCUUCAGACAGCCGAAGAUAAACCCGAGUGUGUGUUGGCGAUCAGUAAAGCAGCAGCCGUGCCCCGCCGCGCCCCCACCCCUAGCGGAGCCGUCAUGUGGCAGGAGGCCCGCAAACACGAGCGCAAGCUCCGUGGCAUGAUGGUAGACUACAAGCGGCGAGGCGAGCGCCGGCGAGAGUACUACGAGAAGAUAAAAAAAGAUCCUGCACAGUUUCUUCAAGUUCAUGGUCGAGCCUACAAGAUCCACCUGGAUCCAGCUGUGGCACUGGCUGCAGAGAGCCCUGCAAACAUGAUGCCUUGGCAAGGAGAUGCCAACAACAUGAUUGACAGAUUUGAUGUAAGGGCUCACCUGGAUUACAUCCCCACCUACACACCACCUCUGCUCAACACAUCCACUCCAGAGCAGGAGAUGGAGGAGAGGAAGUGUAACUAUGAGCGGUACAGAGGCCUAGUGCAGAAUGACUUUGCAAACAUCUCUGAGGAGCAGUGUUUAUACCAGAUCUACCUGGAUGAGCUCUACGGUGGUCUGCCCAAACCAAAUGAGGAUGAGAAGAAAAAACUGGCUGAGAAAAAGGCCACCAUUGGUUACACGUACGAAGACAGCACUGUAACGGAGCCUGAGCCCCAGUCAGACAAAGAUGAAGAGAAUUCAGACAACAGUGAAUCUGAAGAUGACGAAGGCAUCCCAGAUAUUGAUGUGGAGGUUGAUGUUGAUGAGCUGAACCAGGAGCAGGUGAUGGACUUGAACAAAAUGGCGACGCCGUAUGGAAUGGCUGAAGGCGACUUUGUCAGGAUGCUGAGGAAAGAUAAGGAGGAAGUGGAGGCCAUCAAACAUGCCAAAGCACUGGAGGCGGAGAAGGCCAUGUACUCUGGCCGCCGCUCUCGUAGACAGAGGAGGGAGUUUAGGGAGAAGAGGCUAAAAGGAAGACAAAUCAGCCCGCCAAGCUACGCCAGGAGAGACAGUCCAACAUAUGAUCCCUAUAAAAGGCCAGAGUCAGAAUCCAGCUCCGAGUCACGGUCGCGCUCUCGUUCUCCUGGUCCAGAGAAGAUCACCUUCAUCACCAGCUUCGGCGGCAGCGACGAAGAAGCUUCGGCAACACCGCAAACAGCCGCUCCUCACUCUGGCCACGCCCCCUCCAACUCGCAGCACUCUGCAGGUCAUAGCAGGGGCUCCCGGAGACGAAGAUCAUCCACCAGCCACUCCCCUUCCUCCUCCUCACGCUCCUCAUCUCGGUCCUCCUCUCGUUCAUCCUCACGUUCACGCCGAGCCCGACGAGGACGUGGGGGGAGGGAUGGCCGUCGAUCCCGGAGCCGCUCACGGUCAAGGCGGCGUUCCAAGUCUUACUCCCGAGGUAGAGGAGGGAACGGAGGAUCCUGGAGGAGACGUGACCGGUCGCGGUCCAAUGACAGAGACAGAGAGCGGGAGAGGGACAGGGACCGAGACAGAGACCGGGACAGGGAUAGAAGACGAUACUCGGCACGUAGAAGAACAAGGUCCCGCUCCAGCUCGCGGCAGGGCAGCAGCUUGAGGCGAGGGGGUCGGAGCAGUGGAGGACACCGCCGCGGAGACAGUGGCAGCCGCAGUCCCUCUCGGACCCCCAGCCGCCUUCACCGCAGUCCAUCCCCUGCUCACAGAGGGGCCCAGCCUGCUACCAUUGCAAUCUCUGACAAGUUAAGAAAGCCUGACACUUCGGGUGGUAAAGAGACGGGAGCUGCCAAACCCAAGAUGACCCCACAGGAGCGGCUGAAGCUACGAAUGCAAAAGGCUCUCAACAAGCAGUCCAAGGCGGAUAAGAAAGCCGCUCAGGUGAAGAUCCAGCAGCAGGAACACAAACGACAGGAACGAGAAGGCGAACUGCGAGCCAUGGCACGCAAGAUACGCAUGAAGGAGCGCGAGCGCCGUGAGAAAGAGAGGGACGAAUGGGAAAGACAAUACGGGCGACAGAGCCACUCGCCUUCUCCUUCCAAAUAUGGCCGAGAAUACAACUCAUACAGAAGGAGGUCACGGUCUCGGUCGCGGAGUCCAUACUACAGAUAUUGAGCCGAUGGCAGGGGAAGCAAUGGAUCCUGCAGAACCUUCAGUACGUCAGUUUAGAGCACAUAGG